AUGUCAGCUAUUUAUAAAGCAUUACAAUCCAAAUCUUCCAAGGAUACUUCCGAAAAAGCCAAACACAUAAAUAGACAAAGAUUAUUAGUGAUAUCAUCCCGUGGGAUCACUUAUCGUCAUCGUCAUUUAAUUAGUGAUUUAUUACAAUUAUUACCUCAUGCUAGAAAGGAACCAAAAUUUGAUUCUAAAAAGAAUUUACAUCAAUUAAAUGAAGUUGCAGAAUUAUAUAAUUGUAAUAAUAUUUUCUUUUUUGAAUGUAGAAAACAUCAAGAUUUAUAUUUAUGGAUUACAAAACCACCAAAUGGUCCAACAUUUAAAUUUCAUAUUCAAAAUUUACAUACAUUAAAUGAAUUAAAUUUUACUGGAAAUUGUUUAAAAGGUUCAAGACCAAUUUUAAGUUUUGAUAAAAGUUUUUUAGAAAAUGAUCAUUUUAAAUUAUUAAAAGAAAUAUUUAUUCAUACUUUUGGUGUACCACCAAAUGCUAGAAAAUCAAAACCAUUUAUUGAUCAUGUUAUGACAUUUUCAAUUGUUGAUGGGAAAAUUUGGAUUAGAAAUUAUCAAAUUAAUGAAACUGAACAAAUUAAAGAAUCUGAAGGUAGUGAUGAUAGUAUUAAUCCAGAAGAAUUUAAUUUAGUUGAAAUUGGUCCAAGAAUGGUUUUAACUUUAAUUACUAUUUUAGAAGGUUCAUUUGGUGGACCAAAGAUUUAUGAAAAUAAAGAAUAUGUUUCUCCUAAUUUCGUUAGAGCUCAAGUUAAACAGCAAUCAGCUGAGCAAGCUAGAUCUAGAUCUGAUGCUGCAUUGGAAAGAAAGAUUAAGAAGAGAAGUCAAGUGUUGAAAGCUGAUCCUUUAUCUAAUGAUGCUUUAUUUAAGGAAUAA